AGAUUAUUAGUUAAAGGUUUAGUUACAGAAGAUUGGCAUAAUGUACAAGCUGUCUAUUUUGAACAUGCUCAAAUACUGUGUUUGGGCCGUCGUGAUCUUCGUGUUUCUCCAGGCCGGAGAAUCGAGCGUCGAAGCCCGCAGAAGAAAACGAAAAGGAGCCGAUGUGUCAGGUCCACCAUCCCGACGUCAUCGCAAACAUAAUAAACUGAACAGAAACAAUCACCAUGCACUUGAUAGUUCGUUGACGAGUACCAAAACAGAUGACACCCAUACGAAAACGAUAAUUGACCAAUACAUUAAAUCGAGAAGACGAGGAAGCCGGAAACAAAGCAAGAGUUACACUGUUAAGAAGUGGACGGAAGCAAAUGUCACUGUCGGCACGAAGGUUGACGAAUUAAGCCUGAGCAAUUUGGAGCAGUCUCUCGGGAAGUUCGGCCAUCAUUCGCGCAGGGAAAACAUUGUUGGAAGAGUCAUCCACAUCACCGAUCCUGGAUUGGAAAACAGUCAUCACGGAUGCGGACACACCAUGUCAAACCGACAUAUGAUCCCGAAUAAUGAAACUUGGGUGGCGCUCAUUAAACGAGGUUACUGCUACUUCUUCAACAAAAUCAAGCUCGGCGAAAGAUACAACGCAAGUGCCGUGGUGAUCUACGAUGACAAGCCAGGAAAAAUUGAAAUUAUGAACACUAUAGGAACCAAUGUCGUUUCUUUGAUGAUUAGCCACGAAGCUGGGAUUAAGUUCGCCAAGCUCGCUGACUCUGGCCUCAACGUUUACAUGAACAUUACUGUGGGCCGUGAGAUGCGCGAUAGAGUCAGAGAGGUCUACAAGCAGCCAGUUGUAUCCACAUACACGGCACCAGAGGCAAUCGUAAGCACGCUGGGGGUAGAAGGAGGAUCCGGGAGUCGGAUCUCGCCGAGUCUUCCUGCAAUCUUAACCCUUGUUGCGACUCAGCUCUUUUUUGUACUUUGUGUGCUUAACGAAAGAUGAAAUUGAUUCAAAAGAGACUUACGAAAGUUCCUCAUUCGUGACGUCAUCGGUGACGUCACUAAAGCAACUGGCCCGCGAAGAGGAGAAAAGGGUUUUCUAUAUUGCAGUGGAACGUUCGUAUCAGCGUGAUUUUUAUUUUAUUUCAAAGUAUAUGACUUUAUCAAGAUAAGUCCAUCGGUGCAUGCCAAACACAUUACAACUUUCCUUCGCGAUCACCUACCUCACACAUUGCAUGUAAAAAGAAACGCCUGCAGUAGUUUUCAUCGGAAGCUCAACUCAGUGUGUUUAUGCAUGCAACUUUUGUCACUAGUCACUUUCACACUUAGAUGUAUUUUUAUGUCACUUUAAGUUUGCGACCACGCGUAUAUACUUUUGUGUUUCUUUCACAUAUGGCGUCCACAACAUACGCACCACUUCUAGUUAGUUUGAUUAUCAUAUUCACUCAACUUGAUCAUCAGCCACACACGCAUGUUUGAUACUUAAGGAGUUACACAAGUUCCCGUUUUGACUGUUUUCCUUGUUCGUCAAUCUUUUUAGUGUCGUUUUAAUAGUUUUUUUUGUUAAUUUAGAACUGUAAUUUGAUAUCGCAAAUUUUUGGUAUGAAUAAAUCAAUAUAUAUAUAUAAA